AUGGCAGAAAAAGUUUCAGAAGCAGGAGGAAUAUCUAAACUGGAAAGGAACAUCUCAGUUGUACAGAGAAAGGGAUAUACCAGUGAUGAGGAGCUGGAGGAGCUGGAUUCUCCUCUAACAUCCAUCAUUGACAAAUUACCGUUAUCUCCAACUAUCGUAGCAAAUGGAAAUGGAAAACAUGAGCACACGGGUCAUGCCUGCAUGAAUGCGAGGUACGAACUGCUUCGUGAGGUGUGGUCUGGGUAA